AUGCAGGUCAUCCCAGGCAUUCCACCAGCAGCUGCUCGAGAGCGAUCGCUGGCACCGCGAUCGCUACCUCGCCAAUCUCCUGUUGACAAGGUAUGGGCGAUCAGGGCGAUCUUUGCGAUCUUCCCUGCGCACGAUGUGGUGUCCUGGAACACGCUGCUGGAGGUUCUUCCGGGCGAUAGUGCAAGGGAUUUCUUCUUGGCGAUGCCCCAGAGGGACGAGAUCUCCUGGAACACAAUGUGCUCUUCGCUUAGAGAUUUGGGCAUCUCUUUGGUCUUCUUCCAGCUCGCGCCUUGGCACAGCGCCCGGGCAGCCACCGCCUUGAUCACGCUCCUCGCCGAAAGCGGUCAGUUCGAUCGAGCGAAGCGCUGCUUCGAUUCUAUGCCGCAGCGCGACGAGAUCGCCUGGGCGAGCAUGAUCCACGCGCUAUCUCUCGCCGGAGAUCUGGAUUUUGUGACCCUGAUGUUCGCUAGAGUUCCUCAAAGAAGCUCUUUUUCUUGGAACACGAUGAUUAAGAUCCACGGCCAAUGCGGCCGGCUGGAGGACGCAGUCACGCUUUUCGAUCAAAUGCCCGAGCCAACAGCGGCCUCCUGGACGAUCUUGAUCGCGGCCCACGCGCAGCGCAAGCAGCUGGAUCGAUCCAGGUCGCUCUUCGACGCUAUGCCUUCCAAAAACAUCGCGGCGUGGACGGCUCUACUUGACGGCUGCUCGAUCGCCGGGCUUCUCGAUCAUGCGGCGGCUAUCUACGCGAAGAUGCCGCAACAUGACCAGAUUUCAAUGAGCGCGCACCUCACGGCACACGCUAGGUCGGGAUGUCUAGAUCGAGCGCGAGAAAUCCACGAAUCCAUACCCGAGCCCUGCAUUUCCGCGAUGAAUGCUCUCAUCCAGGCGCACGCCCAAGCCGGUCGGCUCCAGUGCGCGCUCUCGUUGCUCCAAUCGAUGAUCUUGGAGGGAUCCAUGCCCAACGAGCGGACCUACAUUGGGAUCCUUGUGGGCUACUGCUAUUUCGGGAAGAUUGACACUGGCCGCGACUGCUUCAUCUCAAUGAUCGCGGAUCACGGGAUCUCACCCUGCGAAGAUCACUACGCGUGUAUGAUCCAUCUCAUGGGUCGCGCCAAUCGGCAGGGAGACGCCCAGGAACUGAUCGAGAAAAUGCCCUUUCGUGCGAGCGAGAUCGAAUGGACAUCGCUGCUGGAUUGGUCGCGUAUUCAUGGAGACAUGUUUAGGGUUCUUCGCUGGGUAUAA